AUGAAUUGCAGUCAAAACGAAGCCAUCAAAAUAGAUGAAGAGUUGUUCUCCGAGUAUGGCUUUAGUGUGGAUCAGCUGAUGGAGUUGGCGGGUCUGAGUGUUGCCACAGCCAUCGCCAAAAGCUACCGUACCGUCAAUGGCGAUAACCGGCCAACGGUUCUCAUCUGUUGCGGUCCCGGCAAUAACGGCGGCGACGGACUCGUGGCCGCCCGUCAUCUCAAACUGUUUGGAUUCCGUCCGACAAUAUUCUACCCAAAGGCCGGCACUUCUCAGUUGUUCAAGAAUUUAGUCAAUCAGUGCAACCGAUUCGACAUUCAGUUCAUCGCAGACUUGCCACAAGACAAUCGUCUCCUAAUUGAUUCGUACAGUCUUAUAGUGGACGCCAUAUUCGGUUUCAGUUAUAAACCUCCCGUUAGGCCUCAAUUCGCGCAAAUAUUAACCAAAAUAGCUGAGGCGGGUGCCACAGGGGUUCCCAUUAUAAGUGUCGAUAUACCGAGCGGUUGGGAUGUAGAGGAGGGCCCGCCAACAGACGACACGCCUCUUAUUGUAGCCGAUUGUUUGGUCUCUCUGACGGCUCCCAAGAAAUGUGCCAAACAUUUCAAUGGACGCUACCAUUGGUUGGGCGGACGAUUCAUUCCUCCGGUUUUGGCUCAACAAUAUGGACUCAAUUUACCUGAAUAUCCCGCAACCGAACAGUGCGUCCUCUUAGACACUAAACAUUAAUUGUUUUACAGACACACCA